AUGUUCCAGAACUCCAAGAGACUAUUACACACCUCCCGUGUCUGUCUGGCCAGAAAACAGGCACCAAAGAAGAAGGCCAAGUUUGUUCCUAGAGAUAAGACUUCAAAAUCAACAGCAGAAGUACCAUUAAGAAUUACACCACCAAUUACACCAACUGUUAAGAAUUUUGAAGUUUCAGAUGAUCAUCCUCUAUGGCAAUUUUUCCAUGAACAAAGUUACCUAAGACAAUUUGAUGAAUUAGAUAAAAAUAGUCGUUCAUGGACUAUUCCAGAAUUAAGACGUAAAAAUUUUAAUGAUUUACAUAGUUUAUGGUAUACAUGUUUAAAAGAAAGAAAUAUUUUAGCUAGAGAACAACAUUUAUUAAAUGUUGAUUCUGAAAGAGCUGCUCAACCUUAUGGUGAUUUAGCUGAAAAAGUACGUGAAACCAUGUGGAGAAUUAGACAUGUUUUAAGUGAACGUCAUCAUGCUCAUGAAAGAUCACAAGAAUUAUUACCAGAACAAAAAGAACAAAUAUUAAAUGAAUUUAAAGAAAAUUUCUUAACUGCUACCAAGGAUGAAGAAGUUGAAUUACAACAAACUUUAAGUCGUCUACAGUAUGCCAUUUUCGGUAUAAGUGAAAUCAUUGCAGAUAAUAUUGUUGAUAAACAUUUUGUUGAAGGUUUAAAAUUCAUUGCAAAUUUAAAACUUGAACGUUAUGCUAAAGAUCAUCCAGAUUUCCAAGAAUUGACACCAAUAACAGAUGCUGGUGAAGCUUUUGUCUUGUUCCAUUCUGAACCAACAACUAAAAGUAUUACUGAAAGUAUUGAAAGUGUUAAAAAUUUAAGAUCUAAUAAUAUUAGAGUUGAUAAAUUAUAUGAAAUAGAAUCUGUUACUGAAUUUGUUAAUAAAUUGGUUGAUGAAUCACAAUAG